AUGGCACCGUCUGGUAAGCCUGACCCCGGCGCUGUCACAUGAAUUCCAAUCUGCGGGUCUGGACAGCGGUACUUACUCUAUUCGGCAGGAGUCACGGACAAACCUCGCCCGAUAGUCGUCUCUGGGCCCUCCGGCGCUGGCAAGUCGACUCUUCUCAAACGACUCUUCGAUGCCUACCCAGACCACUUUGGCUUCUCCGUCUCGCACACCACCAGACAGCCACGUCAGGGAGAGCGAGAUGGCGUCGACUACAACUUCGUCACCAAGGACAAUUUCAAGAAGUUGGUGGAUGAGGAUGGCUUCAUAGAGCAUGCACAGUUUGGCAGCAAUCUGUACGGGACAAGCGUCCAAGCAGUCAAGAACGUGGCGGAGAAGGGAAGGACGUGCAUUUUGGAUAUCGAGAUGGAGGUACGACUGUCCGGCAAGUCGGACGACGGAUCGAUUAGCUGAUGAACUCUCCAGGGUGUCAAGCAGGUCAAGAAGACCGAUCUGAACGCACGCUUCGUCUUUCUGCGCCCACCGUCCGUCGAAGUCUUGGAGAAGCGACUGCGUGGACGGGGAACAGACAAGGAGGAAGCGAUCUUGGAGCGCCUGAAGCAAGCCGAGAAAGAGAUUGAAUACUCUAAGACACCCGGUGUUCACGACGAGAUCAUCGUCAACGACGAUUUGGAGAAGGCGUGGGCCGAAUUCAGGGCUUUCUGUGCUCCAGAAGACUCAUGA